GCUUCUUUAUAAACUACUUGGCAUGAAUGAAUUGGCUACGGCCAAAAGCAACAUUAUCGAUAUAUUUGGCGUUUUCUCAUUCAAAUUUCCGCUUGCAUUAAUGGAUCGCUUUCAGUGAUGUAAUACAAGACAAGCCAAGCUAAUCAGGUUUGCUGGGCAUCGUCUCAUAAAAGUGAAAUAAUUGUAUUCUUCGUUUUCCGUUUUUCCACUUCUUUCUUUUAUCGUCCGCCAAUUUCACUUCUAUACUUACAGCUUCUAAUACAAUGUCCACAGAAUACGGCACUGUCAAUCAGCAGCAGCAUCAGCAGCAUGACGAAGAAACUCCUUUAAUCAGCACAGAAACACCAACAGAGUCUUGUAGACAGAAAUUCAUGCGGAUCACACACAAACAUCGUUUCCGCAUUAUCUCUGCUUGGAUCAUUGUCCUUGCUAUCACAGCUGUCUUAACUGUUUCAUUUUAUUAUGCUUAUAAACAUGGACAUACCCCACCCCAUAUACCUGAAGAUCCUCCCAAGGAUGUCUUGUAUGACACCACUUGCGUUUCAGACCGUAGUUGGUUUGUAGCUCUUUUACUUUCCAUCUUUUUUGGCCCCUUAGGUGUCGAUCGUUUUUACCUUGGUUACAUCUUUUUGGGCCUCCUUAAGCUUAUUACUGCUGGACUUGGCGGCAUUUGGUGGACCAUAGACGUUAUAUUGAUCGCUUUGAAUGUCCUGAAUGACCAUCCUAACGGUUGUCAUCUUCGUUAAAAGGCAUACGGGUCGAAAAAAAAUUACUUUAUGAAGAAUUCAACACCACAAUUUUCAGGCUAUAUAUUUGAGAAAAGAGAAAAAGGAAACUCCUUUAUUAUGUAUUUCUAUGUCGAAUUAGCCAUAAUAAUUGUGUAUCAAUCAAAAUGAUGUCAAAUAAAACCGGCAGAUUUGGGUUAUCACAUAUU